AACUCACCCACCAUAUAUAUUCAUCUGUCAUUCCCCCCAAAUUCUUAGAAAGAGCGGGAAACAUACGCAAACAUAGAUACACCUUAAACACACUCACUACAAUUUCACAAUCGCAUUUUGCGGAGCUCGUUAAAAAUGGAGAACAUGAUCGAUCAAGAUCAACAGUGGCUGAUCAACUCACUGAAUGCUACUCUUGAUACUAAUCAACAAGCUCGAUCUUUCGCAGAGGCGUCUUUGAAUCAGGCCUCCGUUCAACCUGGUUUUGGAAGCGCUUUAUCCAAAAUUGCUGCUAACAGGAAUCUUCCUCUAGGAUCUCGCCAAAUAUCCUUUUGCCAUUUUCUUCUUAAGCAGUUUAUUAAGAAACACUGGCAGGAAGAUGAUGAUGGUUUUGAACAUCCUGUUGUUUCAAAUGAGGAAAAGGCAAUUGUACGUGGUCUUCUUUUGCUUUCACUUGAUGACCCUCAUAGAAAAAUCUGCACAGCUAUUAGUAUGGCAGUUGCAUCCGUGGCGUCUCAUGAUUGGCCAGAUGAAUGGCCUGAGUUACUUCCAUUCUUAAUGAAGUUAAUUAAUGAUCAAAGUAAUACAAAUGCAGUGAAUGGGGCUCUUAGAUGUUUGGCUCUUCUCUCUGCUGAUUUGGAUGAUAAAUUAGUGCCCAAAAUUAUACCAGUUUUGUUCCCAUGCUUGCAUACUAUUGUUUCAUCACCACAGAUAUAUGACAAACCAUUGCGCACAAAGGCUCUUUCAAUAGUCUAUUCUUGUACAUCCAUGUUAGGGGUUAUGAGUGGUGUGUACAAGACAGAAACAAGUGCAUUGAUGUUACCAUUGGUCAAAUCUUGGAUGAUUGAAUUCUCUUCCAUUCUUAAGAAUCCUGUGCAAUCUGAAGAUCCAGAUGAUUGGAGUAUCAGAAUGGAGACAUUAAAGUGCUUGGGCCAAUUUGUUCAGAACUUUCCAAGCCUAGCAGAAAGUCAGUUCAUGGAGGUUUUGGUUCCAUUAUGGCAAACAUUUGUGUCAUCUCUUGUUGUAUAUGAAAGAUCUUCAAUUGAAGGACUUGAAGAUUCAUAUGAAGGAAGAUAUGAUUCUGAUGGCUCAGAAACAAGCCUUGAAUCCUUCAUCAUUCAAUUGUUUGAGUUUCUAUUAACAAUUGUUGGUCAUAAAAAGUUUGUGAAGGCUUUUGGAAAUAGUAUCCAGGAUCUGGUCUACUAUUCAAUUGCUUUUAUGCAAACGACUGAACAACAGGUCCAUGCUUGGUCAAUGGAUGCUAAUCAAUAUGUUGCUGAUGAAGAUGAAAACACUUACAGUUGUCGAGUUUCUGGCUCACUUUUGUUGGAGGAAAUUGUAAUUUCUUGUGGAAUUGAGGGAGUUUAUGCAAUAUUAAAUGCUGCUAAACAAAGAUUCGAUGAAUCUCAGCAACAAAGGCUUAAAGGCUCUGCUGAUUGGUGGAGGAUGAGGGAGGCUACACUUUUUGCUGUGUCAUUUGUAUCAGAACAAUUGCUUGAAGUUGAGGUUUCUGGGCCUUCAGGGGUCAAUUUAGGAAACCUCUUGGAACAAACUUUCACUGAAGACAUGGCAUCAGGUGUCCAUGAGUUUCCUUUUCUUUAUGCUCGUAUGUUUUCAUCAAUUGCUAAAUUCUCAUCAGUGAUCAACAAUGCUGUUAUUGAUCAUUUCCUCUAUGCUGCUAUCCAAGCAAUCGGCAUGGACGUCCCUGCCCCUGUCAAAGUCGGUGCAUGUCGCUCCCUUUCUCAACUCUUACCAGACACAAACAGAGGAAUACCUCAGCCUCAUAUAUUAGCUCUAUUUUCAUCACUCACAGAACUUUUAAAACAAGCAUCCGAUGAGACAAUGCAUCUUGUCCUUGAAACACUGCAAGCAGCUGUGAGGGCAGGGCAUGAAUCUGCAUUAUCCAUAGAACCUGUUAUUUCUCCUAUUAUACUUAACAUGUGGGCUUUACAUGUUUCUGACCCUUUCAUAAGCAUCGAUGCACUUGAUGUUCUUGAGGCAAUUAAAAAUGCUCCUGGAUGCGUUCAUCCUCUCGUUUUACGUGUUUUGCCAUACGUGGGACCCAUCCUCAACAAACCUCAACAGCAGCCUGAUGGUUUAGUUGCUGGUUCAUUGGAUCUUUUGACAAUGUUACUGAAGAAUGCACCUACUGAUGUGGUGAAAGCAAUUUAUGAAGUGUGUUUCGAUCCAGUUGUACGUACAGUUCUUCAAAGUGAUGACCAUGGUGAAAUGCAGAAUGCAACUCAAUGUCUUGCUGCUCUUGUCUCUGGUGGACAACAACAAUUGCUCACAUGGGGUGGUGAUCCUGGUUUCACAAUGAGAUGUUUACUCGAUGUAGCUUCAAGGCUUCUUGAUCCAGAUCUAGAUAGUUCCGGAUCCCUUUUUGUUGGGAACUAUAUUUUGCAACUUAUUUUACAUUUGUCCUCACAAAUGGCACAACAUAUAAGAGACCUUGUUGCUGCUCUUGUUAGGCGAAUGCAAUCUUGCCAAAUUGCUGGAUUAAGAAGCUCAUUACUUCUUAUAUUUGCAAGAUUGGUUCACAUGAGCGCACCACAUGUUGACCAGUUUAUUAAUUUACUAAUCACAAUCCCAGCUGAAGGCCACACCAAUUCUUUACAUUAUGUGAUGUCAGAAUGGACCAAACAACAAGGGGAAAUUCAAGGCCAUUUGAUCAAGUCAUCUGUAGGCAUCACCACACGUUCAAAGUCCAAAGUUUCUCCUGAUCAAUGGACAUUAAUGCCCCUCCCUGCAAAGAUUCUUGGUGUGCUGGCGGAUGUGUUGCUUGAGAUUCAAGAACAAAUUGGAGAAGAAGACGAUCAGGAAAGCGACUGGGAAGAAGUGGAAGCAGGAGAUGCUGAAAUAGAGCAAGAUUUGCUUUAUUCAACUGGUACUACAUCGUAUACCAGACCUUCAAAUGGAUAUCUUGAUGCCAUGGCAAAAGCUUUCAAUGAGGAUGAUGAUGAUGGUUGUGAUGAUGAGCUACUAUGUGCUGCUGAUCCCCUCAAUGAGAUUAACUUGGGGAAUUAUCUCACCAAUUUCUUUCGGGAGUUCUCUCAGGGAGACAAGCCUCUUUUUGAUCAUCUUUGCCAGAGUUUGACACAGGCUCAGAAAAAAGCUGUACAAAUGGUGGUGAGUCGAUAAUUGUACCAUUAAAUAUUAAUUGAAGAUUUUUCUUUUUAUAUAAUUUUUUUUUAAAAAAAAUUUGUAUGUAUUUCUGCAUACGAGGGGUGAUAAUGUAAACAUCCGAGUUUGUACAUUGCCGGUUUUUCGUCUCUAUUUUUUUUGUGUCCUUGAGUGUUGGUAUACAGAGUGUUGUUAAAUUUCUUUGGGUAAAUGUAAUCACUGAA